AUGGGCAGGAUGGUUCUGAUGUAUCCUUUGGAAGACAAUGUCGAUGAGGAUGACCUCAAGGUUGAGAUGUCAUGCUGGGAGUUGAAGGUCAGCAAAUCAGGUUCGCAGAUUCCGGCACUAUGUCAGGAGACUUAUGAUGACAUCCACAGGGACAUCUCUUGGUGGAAGGUCGAAGCUCCGAAGGAGAAGUCCAAUGAAAGGUUUCUUAUUAUCUACUUGGCGAAAGCCAAUCACCGGCCAUGGACGUCCCCAUGGUUUGACGGACCGUUGAACUACCACAAAAAGCAGCUCUUCGCAUGGCACGAGCUCCAGGGCUCCAGAGAUGUAUUGAAGGGACUGAAGAUCGACUCCGAGUCUCUGAAGACCAUCGAACCCGGCGAGCCGGAGGACUGGAACCAUGAAAUCAGCACUGCGAUGACGCCAGAGCAAAUCUGCACUGGAAUUGACAUCAUGGAAUCUGAGAACAUGGUCCAACUUAUGAUUCACCUCAAUGAGGAGGCCCUCGAUGGCGCCACGGCGCGGGUUCCCUUGGAGGAAGUCUUUGCUGCGGACGUGUCCCCUUCGGAGGUGUGGGUGUUUCUGCGAGGAGACAGUUUCACCUUGUGCAACGGCCGCUUUGCGCAGCCGGUGCGUCCGGCACAAAGCAGUUGGCAGAUCCGCUCGGUGCGACGGAAAAACCUGCCGGAGGGCUGCAACGUGAAGGCGCCGGCCUUCUACAAUCCUGCGCUGCUGAUCAGUUUGGUGAAGGAAAGCAGUGGUACUUGGGACAAAGUCUUCCAGGAUUUUCAUCAUUGCAACUACGGCAUGCCACGGGAUCGUAUUGAAUGGAGCGAGCGAGUGCAGAGAUGCAUGGUCUUGCUUCCUGGGGCUCCAAACAACAAGGUUGGAAAGGCAUCCAGAGCGCAAGCGCUCGUAAAGAGAGUGGAAGCGACUCAACACUCGCUGCUGAAUCGUAUCAUUAUCCUCUUCCACUUGGAGGACAAACUCACCAAGCUCUGUGAAAGCCACAGGGUGUCUAUGCACGACUUGUUCACUUUGAUGGUGCCUGCUGCAACUGCCAGGGAUGUUCUGCCUUUGUUUUCUUGGUUGGACAAGCACUGCAGAAGGCGCCGCCUCAGCAUCUUAUUGGCCUGCGCCUUCCUGGUUCUCAUCUUCCAGAUGUAUCUCAGUGAGGAGCAGCAUCAGGCCGAACCGGCACUGGAUCAACCCGAACGCAUCGCGAUGGAUUUGCCAGACGCUCCAGAGGCGGAGAUCUAUCGCUGCGAGCUGCGGUCCUUUGGAGCUUUGGGCGAUGGACAAAGCGACAAUUCCAAGGCCUUUCGUGAGGCGAUACGAAGCAGUAGCACCUCACGCACCGCAAAGCAGCGGCUCCUUAUGGAGAUACCUGCAGGCACCUUCCUCACGGGUUCUUUCAAUCUUACCAGCAAGAUGACUCUUCGCUUGCUCAAAGGUAGCAAGCUCUUGGGGGUCACGAAUUUAUCGGCGUAUCCAUUAGUUCCGCCUUUGCCCAGCUAUGGGCUGAACCGGGACUGGGCCAAAGAUCACAGACAAAGGCCAGCAGCGUUGAUUUCCGGGUUUAACUUGACGGAUGUGAUCAUUGAAGGUGAAGCUGAGGAUGGUCGUCUCAAUGGAGUGGUGGAUGGAAGCGGAGAAUGGUGGUGGGCGGAGUUUCGCAAGAAAUCCUUGCCUUUCGGUCGGCCAUCGCUGAUCCAGUUCAUGUACAGCUCACAGCUGGUACUUCGUGGCAUCGUCCUGCAAAAUCCACCCUUUUGGAACACACACUUCUACGCCUCCGGAAACGUUCUUGUCGAACACGUUCGAAUUGAAGCUCCGUAUUCAUCGAAGAACACGGAUGGUAUCAACUUGGACUCCGUCAACAACGCUGUGGUGCGCCACUGUGUGAUUUCCACGGGCGAUGAUGCCAUUGCCAUCAAGAGCGGACUGAACCAAGCGGGGAUAAACUUUGGGAUGCCUAGCUUCCAAAUCCAUUUGCAUGAUCUGGAGAUCCGUUCCAAGUGCUUGUCCCUGGGCAGUGAGAUGAGUGGUGGCAUUCAUGACGUGCUGGUCGAGAAUGUUCGUUUUGGAGACAAGCGCAACGAGAACCGCUGGCACGGCAUUUUCAUCAAGAGCUCCAGGGAGCGUGGUGGCAUCAUGGAAAAUCUCAUGUUCCGCAACAUCUCGGCAGUCUUUAGGUCCACGAGGCAGACGAAAGUCUUCAUCGAGAUUUCAAUGCAGUAUGGCAAGUGGAAUGGACCGGAGGGCCGGGGUGCGAGUCAACCUCCACGCUUUCGAAAUUUCACCUUCAGGGACCUGCUCUCGGAGGGUUCAUUUGUGGUCGGCAACAUCAGCGGACUGCCCGACAGCCCCGUGACGGAUGUGACCUUCGAGAACGUGGCGGCGCGCAACAACCACCGGGGCAUCCAGUGUAUGUAUGCCGAGAAUGUGCGCAUCCUGCACGGUGUCAAGGGGCACAGCUGUCAUUCGACGCAUCCAGAUGUCGUGGAACUAGAUCAGCUGGAUCCUUUGCCACGAGGCGGGAAGAAAGCCAGAGAAGACUUGAUCAACGCUGUCUUCGGGCACAGGACUUUGCCCAGUCGCAGUCAACCUGACCAGCAGCAAAAGAUCCAGGAGGAUUUGUACGAGUUGACCUGGGUAAAAACUUCCAAGGACAUCUCAAGGUCUUUUGACUUGAAGAGCAAAGUGUUCCAUGUCCCACGCGGCCAGGGCUCCAGAAGUGCAGUGCUGUGGCAUCAGGGCCACCACGAUUGCAUUUGUCCGAUGUUUCCGGCCCAGCCAAGUCCACCAGGCAGCAAGAUCCCACCAGGUUUCCAGCAAGGUGCUUGUGCACCCGGCUGCAUGGGCUACAAGCACAUCAAGGAUCAUAAACUCAGACGACACGCAACUUGGUGGGAUCUUGACAAUGUCACCAGCUUCUUCCGCUCAUUGGGCCAUCAUGUCUUCAUCCUGUCCAUGCCCUUGGUGGGUGUGAAUUUCGAUCCUCAACGAAGCAGCAAUUGGACGGAUCAUUGGUGGUUUCAGCAACAAGAGGCCCUGGGAGACUUCACCAUUCGCUAUUUCUGCGAGCCGGUGAUUCUCACCAUGAACUAUGCCUUAAGCCUGGGCCUUCAGGACAUCCAUCUGGCGGGCUUGUCGGGUGGCGCAUGGACCGCUAGUAUCGUGGCCGCCAUGGAUCAACGGGUCCGCACGUCGAUUCAAGUGGCAGGUGUUCUUCCCUACAGCAUGCGUGUCUCCGCUGAUCAGCAUUCCAGCGGUGACAUUGGCCGUGAUAUGGGUGAUUUCGAGCAGCUCUGCGACUUGCCACCGCACCCCUUCCGCGAGGGAGCCAGGCAUAUUGGCUACGGCUGGCGCAAGGACGCUGGCCGAGCAUACUGCAAAAUUUGCAACUACAGAUGUCAGUUUCUGCUGGGUGCCUUGGAAGCGAACCGACGAGUUCUGCAGCUGUACCAUGAAGACGACAGCUGCUGCUACGCCGCCUCCAACAGGCAUUCCGAGCUUCGUCGCCAUGAGGACGAAAUCCGGCGAGAACUUCAAAAGUACCCGGAGCACGGCUGGUUCACCGCAGUGGUCACGGAUCACAGGAAACACGAGCUGAGCAUGAAGGACAAAGAGGUGAUCGCCUGGGUCCUGCGGCAUCCGCUUCCGGCAGGGAGUCCCGAGUGGAACGUCUUGCCUUGCGACGUGCUGCACGGGGAGUCCAAUCUUGCGGCCACCUGCCAGAUCCAGACUUCCACCGCUAUUGGUGAACGAUCCGUGCAACUGAACUUUGUGGCAGACAGCGAGUACGCCAUGUGUUGGGGUGGCCUAGGUGGAGCAUGCAUUCCGCACUCCGCCUCCAUGGAGAUUUUUAUGGACGGUGAGGAGUCGCACCCUGUUUUGAAGUUGGGCCUGGCGAAAGCAGAAAACUCCAAGGGCAAGUGGGAGGAGGUCUUCAAACAGAUGCAACCAUGGGAACUCUCUCGUGCUUUGCUUGAGGACUGCCAACGCCCACCUGAACUUGCCCUUGAGGAUGACGACCAGGACGCCUGA